AUGGUAUACUACGAAUCUCUCUUUCAGGAGAUGCUCAAGGGCCAGCAACUCCGCCGUCCAGCGAUGAAGAAGAACGAGCCAGCAUUCUUCCAACGGCUCGAACAGGCCAUGGACGUCCAUCGAGAAAAGAUCCGCCUCAAUGUGCUCAAGCCACGCUGGGACGACAGCGUCCUCGACCUCACAACCAGUGAUUUUCUUUCCCUUAACCGUACAGGCCGUAUCCGCGAGGCUUUCCUCGCUGAACUCGCCCGCUGUGGCGAUUUUCGGCUCAGCGCCUCGGGAUCCAGAGUGCAGUACGGCAACUACGAAUACAUUCUCGAGGUUGAGAGAGAGCUUGCCGCAUUCCAUGGUGCCGAAACAGCUUGGAUCUGCCACUCGGGCUUCUACGCCAACAUUGGCAUACUUGAGGCCAUCGCGCUACCCGGAGACGCAAUUGUUUUUGACGAGUUCUCACAUGCCAGUACCGGUGUCGGCAUGAAGGUUAGUCUUGCUGCGCACAAGGUGUCCUUUUCCCACAACAGCGCAGAUUCUUUGAGGGACGCCCUGGUGUCGCUCAAAAAGCUCGAUGCGGGGUUCACUUCUGGCGAAAGGUCAGUUCUCAUUUGUGUGGAGAGCUUGUACAGCAUGGAGGGCGAUCUUUGCCCACUCAAAGAGCUUGUCGCUGUCGCUAAGGAGGUUUUUCCCAACGGAAGCGCUCAGUUUAUCGUUGAUGAAGCCCACAGUAACGGUGUCAUUGGCCCUAGCGGAGGAGGAUUAGUACAACUGUUAGGGUUAGAAAAAGAGAUUGCCAUUCGCGUGCACAUGUGUAGCAAAGCGCUGGGUUCAACCGGAGGCGUCAUUCUUUGCAAUCAAACUGUACGAAGUGCCCUUGCCCAAUACUCACGAUGCUUGACCUACAGUGGCGCACCCUCGGUGCCCAUGGUGGCCUCUAUACGGGCAGGCUAUCAGUUGUUGGCAAGUGGGCAGACGCAAAAGGAACAAAACCAUAUUCAAGAAAUAGUAAGGUACUUUUUUAAGUCUCUUCUAGACGACCCAAUUUGGCAGGAAGCGAUGGAUGAGGGCCUCAUCUCCGUGCCCAUGGCCGAAGACCAUGAGGCGCGCCCUGUCCUCUCGCAUGUUGUCCCUAUCAAGGUCAAGCCGGGUCACGACUUUUCCCUCUUCGUCCACUUGGCUAUGGCAAAUAUGAACGCUUAUCCCAUGGCUUACCCUGUCGUGCCCAAGGGAACAGCUCUUGUCAGAAUACUAUUCCACGCGCACAAUACCAAGGAGGAGGUAGACAGGAUCAUCGUCACUGUCGGGGAGUGGAUUGAGGAGAUGCUUGCAAUUGAGCGGGACGAGUCUGAAAACAUUCUACCAAGUGCCAUGAGAAAGUUCCACGCAAUGCAGACCGCCAAUGGCUGGAGUUGA